UCAAAGAAAAAAAAUCUUCGCUGCCUGCUCUUCCCUCUCUCUGCAGAAAUACAAGAAAAAAAAAGCCAAGAAACUUGCAGCAUCGAUGGAUUGUUUGCUCCAAACAGAGUGCAAUUUUGUGUUGGUUUUCCAGCAACGCUAGAGAGAUAAAGGGGUGUUUUCUUAAAAAAAAUUGUUAUUGAGGAGCGUAGUGCAGGUUGAAGUCUGGAUUGUGUGACCAAAGCUUGGGAAGUGGUGUCCCUUGUUUGUUGCUGGUGCAGUGAUGGACGUGCGGGAUUUCUACCUACUCUUCGCUCUGGUCGCCUGCCUGACGGUGGACUGUACCCUGGCGCAGGAGCUGGUCUACACCAUCCAGGAGGAGCUGCCGGAGAACAUCCUGAUCGGCAGCAUCCCGCGGGACCUGAACAUCUCGGCCGGCGGCGCCGACCUCAUCUACCGCCUGGUGUCCAAGGCGGGCGAGGUGCCGCUGCUGCGGGUCUCCAGCGGUACCGGGGACAUCUACACGGGCUCGCAGCGGGUCGACCGGGAGAGGCUGUGCGCCGGGGAGUCGGGGUCGAGCGAGUGCUCGUUCGAGAUCGAGGUGGUGAUCCUGCCCAACGACUACUUCAGGCUGGUCAAGGUGAAGUUGGUGGUGCGGGACGUGAACGACAACGCGCCCAUGUUCCCGUCGCCGGUCAUCAACAUCUCCAUCCCGGAGAACACACUGCCCAACAGCCGCUUCCCCAUCCCGUCGGCCAGUGACCCGGACACCGGGGCCAACGGCGUGCAGCGCUAUCAGCUGUUAGACGGGCAGAGCGUCCUGGGCUUGGACGUGGUGGAGAGCCCCGAGGGUGAGAAGUGGCCGCAGCUCAUCGUCCAACGGGGCUUGGACCGGGAGCAGAAGGAUACCUACGUGAUGAAGAUCAAGGUGCAGGACGGCGGGGAGCCCCCUAAAUCCAGCACCGCCAUCCUGCAGGUCACCGUCAGCGACGUGAACGACAACCGCCCGGUGUUCCGGGAGAGCCAGCUCGAGGUGCAGUUGCCCGAGGACUCGCCCCUCGGUACCUCGGUCAUCCAGCUCCACGCCACCGACGCCGACGUGGGCUCCAACGCCGAGCUCCGCUACCUGUUCAGCCCGCAAACCCCCGCCGCCGUCCGCCGCUACUUCGCCCUGGACCCGAGCCUCGGGCUCAUCACCGUGCAGCGGCCGCUCGACCGGGAGGACGUCUCGCUGCACAAGAUGACCGUGCUGGCGACCGACGGAAGCUCCAGCCCCGCCCGAGCCACCGUCACCGUCAAUGUCACCGAUGUGAACGACAACCCGCCCGGCAUUGACAUCCGCUAUAUCAUCAGCCCGGUCAAUGGCUCUGUGCACCUCUCGGAGAAAGACCCGGUCAACACCAAAAUCGCCCUCAUCACCGUCUCCGACAGGGACACCGAUGUCAAUGGCAAGGUGGUGUGCUACAUUGAGAAGGAGGUGCCUUUCCACCUCAAAGCUGUGUAUGACAACCAGUACCUCCUGGAAACCUCCUCCUUCCUGGACUACGAGAGCACCAACCAGUACUCCUUCAGGAUAGUGGCAUCAGACGCAGGCAAACCCAGCCUCAACCAGAGUGCCCUGGUGAGGGUGAAGCUGGAGGAUGAGAAUGACAACCCCCCAGUCUUCAGCCAGCCCGUCAUCGAGCUGGCGGUGCCCGAGAACAACCACCGCGGCCUCUACCUGACCACCGUCAGUGCCACGGACGACGACAGCGGCAAGAACGCAGAGAUCGUCUACCAGCUGGGGCCCAACGCCUCGUUUUUCGACCUGGACCGCAAGACGGGCGUCCUGACCGCCUCCCGGGUCUUCGACCGGGAGGAGCAGGAGCGUUACAUUUUCACCGUGACUGCCAGGGACAGCGGUAACCCUCCGCUGCAGAGUCAAGCGGCCGUGAUCGUCACCGUGCUAGACGAGAACGACAAUAACCCCAAAUUCACCCACAACCACUUCCAGUUCUUUGUGUCCGAGAACCUGCCAAAGUACAGCACCGUGGGAGUGAUUACUGUCACCGACCUGGAUGCAGGGGCCAAUGCAGAGGUGAUGGCUUCUGUUGUGGGUGACAACGCAAAUUUUAUUCUGGACCCACUGAGUGGUGUGAUAAGGUCCAACGUAUCAUUCGACAGAGAACAGCAAAGCUCCUACACGUUCGAAGUUAAAGCUGUAGACAGGGGGAGACCAGUCCGCACUUCCAUUGCUAAAGUCACGAUCAAUGUCAUAGAUGUCAACGAUAACAGUCCCGUUGUAAUCUACCCACCCUCCAACUCUUCAUUCAAACUAGUACCCCUGUCUGCUAUACCUGGUUCUGUGGUGGCAGAAGUGUUUGCUGUGGACGUUGAUACAGGUAUGAAUGCAGAGCUCAAAUACAGCAUUGUCAGCGGAAAUAACAAGGGUUUGUUUCGAAUUGACCCUGUGACUGGUAAUAUUACCUUGGAGGAGAAACCGACUGCCGCAGACCAGGGCUUGCACCGUCUGGUCGUGAACAUCAGCGAUUUAGGUUAUCCAAAACCUUUGCACACACUUGUGCUUGUCUACUUGUAUGUAAAUGACACGGUAAACAAUGCUAGCUAUGUCUAUGAGUUAAUACGGAGGACAAUUGAAACUCCACUAGACAAGAACAUUGGAGAUGGCACCCAGCCCUGGCAAAAUGAGGAUUACCUUACCAUAAUGAUCGCCAUAGUGGCGGGAGCCAUGGUAGUGAUUGUGGUCAUCUUUGUUACAAUAUUGGUGCGGUGCCGGCAGUCCUCAAGGUUCAAGGCUACGCAAAGGAACAAGCAGGGUGCUGAAUGGAUGUCUCCCAAUCAGGAGUGCAAGCAGAACAAAAAGAAGAAAAGGAAGAAAAGAAAAUCUCCAAAGAGUUCCCUUCUAAACUUUGUCACCAUUGAGGAAUCCAAACCUGAUGACCCUGCCCAUGAACCCAUCAAUGGAACCAUUACCCUUCCAGCUGAGCUGGAGGAGCAAACAAUAGGGCGAUUUGACUGGGGCAGCACACCACCAACUACAUUUAAGCCCAACAGCCCAGACCUAGCGAGGCAUUACAAAUCUGGCUCUCCGCAGCCCUCUUUUCAUCUGAAGCCAGACACCCCUAUUUCUGCGAAAAAGCAUCACGUGAUUCAGGAGCUCCCUUUGGACAACACCUUCGUUGGGGGCUGUGACACCCUGUCGAAGCGCUCUUCCACUAGUUCAGACCACUUCAGUGCCUCAGAGUGUAGCUCCCAAGGAGGCUUCAAGACAAAGGGCCCAUUGCACACCCGACAGUAUUACAUCCAGAGAAAUCUGAUACCAUCCAUUUUGCCACUUUUGGAAUACAAGAAAAAAAACAGUGACAACAGCACUUCUCACCGCCGCGUUACAUUUCAUCUGCCUGACGGCUCCCAGGAAAGCUGCAGUGAUAGUGGUUUAGGAGACCAUGAACCAGUAAGUGGUGGCACGCUGAUCUCACACCCUCUCCCUCUGGUUCAGCCACAGGACGAGUUCUACGAGCAGGCUUCCCCAGACAAGAGGACCGAGGCCGACGGCAACUCUGACCCAAACUCUAUGUACACGUCUUCAUCAUCUAAUAACUUGUCCAGAAUCUCUACAGGCGGAAAGCAGACGAAAAUGGUGUCCACAGUAGCUAAACUGCAGAAGGUUAAAUUCUCCACGUUGGCUAUGCAAAUGCUUGUGAAACAAUUCACAAGGUUACAAAGAAUAUUCCUGGCCACGAAUCCCAAAAUGCACACUAGUGAGGGUCACCGACGUGGCUGGGACGUCAUUACUGUAAAAGUCAACAAAAUUUCCAAAGUAGCUCGAACAGCCGAGGACUGUCAAAAGCGCAUCAAUGACUUAAGACUUGGUGCUCGACAAAAAGUCGCUUUUAACAAAAAGAGAGGUACAGUCCAGCACAGAGAUGUGGCAAAACAGAAAGUCCUAACAUGGGAGGAAGAAAAAGUGGCCCCGAUAGUCCACCUUGUGGAACGUGGACCUGAUGCGUCCUCUGACUCAAGUGAUUCUGGUGAUUGUUGCACCUCAAAACCCUUGAGAUCAGAGCAACAACAAACCACUGAGAUCAUGGAGGAGAAGAUGCCAACCCGGCAUCAGGAGCCUAGAGUAGGCAUGGAAGGUGCAGUGACCGACAAGUUACAACAAGCUUCAUAUGGGGAACAGAAAGAAGACUGCACAGGUGGGCAAUGGAAAACAGCAGCUUACAUGAAAGUGCCAUUCUCAGAGAAAUCAGAGCAAAGAGGGACAUGUCAGCCAGAGACAACAGGUGCUGUCAAUUCCUCUAUUUCAUCACAUUCUCAAAGUGCACAUGGUGAGGAGCUUUGCCCCAUAUGUCGUAGGUUAGAUACACUUGUGAGCACUGUGCAGCGUGGGUUCAACCACAUACACAGGGACAUAAACACAUUACAAAAUACCUCACAGUACCGUGGAGCCCGGUUGUCCCAGAAUGUCAUGUCUCUGAUUGGUGCAAUGCACACUCUUGUGAGACUCCACCAUUUUUCCACCUUGCCACGCAGAGAUGUGGCUAUUCAGACCUCCAUCAUGCUGACUGGAGGGCAUCUGGGGGAAAAUGUUGGAGUUGCAUCUAGUGAUACAACAACUGUAACAAGUAACAAUGUAACAACCCUCAAUAACACUGUGCCUACAUCCAGUGAUACUGUAAUGACAUCCAAUGAAACUGGAGUUGCCUCCAGUGACACUGGGGUUGCAUCAAAUGACACAGUGAUUGAAGUAUCAGUUGAUCCUGAUGGGGACUCUGCAGAGAGUAUGUCCAUUGAAGAGUCCUCUCAAAAUUCUUCAGACAGUGAUUGGUAA